AUGGGCUUUGAAGCUUGGAUCUUGGCUGGCAAAUCAAAUCCUGCAUUCAGCUCCGCCCGUCGGCACCUUCGUAGAGCCUCAUCGACACAGCAAAACAGUGAUCGUCGUGAUGAAGCAGAAGCUAGUACUGGACUUGGCGCAUACGUGCUUGUCGUAGAUACGAUUCGGUUCCAUGAAACAGGACAGAAAUUUGUUGCAAGCCGCAACGCUAAACCAGGCUUCCACGCUUUCGAGGUCAAUACUCCCCGACUAUUAAGAUUUGCCCCUGAGGCAAAAGCUAGUGCCUUCCCCCACAGGCUGAGCAAAUCAACGACAACCAACGGGCCGUAUUUGGGACCGUAUGACGUGAUACAGAGAACCCUGUGUCAAGAAUUUACGUGUAGUCCCAGCGAUACAUCAAACAUCAUCAGCAAACUCAAUCAUCCUAAAACUUCAGAUCGCACCACCAUUAUCACGACUCUAGCCGACAUGGGGCUGUUUGGAAAAUCAACACCGACAGAGGGCCCCGGCUCCGAUGAGCCCAAGAAGUCUCUCUACCAACGCUACCAAGACAAGAAGAGCGGCCGCGACACCCAAAUUUCAGACGAGGAUCUCCAAAAGUACACCGGCAAGACCAAGGAUGAGAUCAACGACUGGGCUAAAGACCGUCCUGGCGUCGCAGGGAACCGGGCGGCAGGGACACUCACGGCGGGACCCGCUUCCGGGUUUGGCGGAAUGGCCACGGCGGGUGGCUAUGGUGGAUGGGGAACGGAUGCUGGAUCGGAUCCAAAGCAUCCGCCGCCGCAGAAGGAGCGGAAGGAGGUCGAUGACUUCGAGUAG